CACCUAGAGAGCUGCAUCUCAUGUACAGGACUCUCGACGAAGCCGUCUUCAUGGUGCGGUUUAAUGACCUCAUUCUUUAGGAUGAAGAAUGUAAAGAUAUUACAUUUUCCACUGCUUUUUGUGUUUGUACAUGCCUGCUUUGCACAAGCAGACUUUGCUCCCUUUUUCUACGACAAUGGACCCUACAGCUACAAUGGGAACAUGGCGCUGUUCAGCCUCUCAGAGGACACGGCUGUCGGUACACAAAUCUAUUGUCUCAAUGGCUCAGACCCUGAGGGCCAGGAGGUGAGGUAUGGCCUUUCCUUUGAUCCAGGGUCAAAGGAAUACUUUAGGGUCAACUUCAAAACCGGAAACAUCACAUUGGUGGAAAAGCUGGACAGAGAGAAACACGAUUCUAUUGACGUUCUUGUCAGCAUCACAGAUGGACAAAGCAAGGUUGUGGAAAGAGUCACAGUAUUUGUAAUGGAUGCAAAUGAUGAAAAACCUGAAUUCCAAAACAUGCCGGCAAUCAUUGAUGUCCUGGAAACAACUGAGUCUGGCAGCACCAUCUACAAAGUGGAGGCAGUGGACAGAGACACAGGCUCAGGAGGCUCAGUCACCUACUUCCUCCUGAAUCCUCAGACCAGUUUGUUUGCCAUGGACAGGAAUAGUGGUGUCCUUCGUAUCAAAUCCGGAGAAACGUUGGACUAUGAGAAAACAAAGACGCACUUUGUCACUGUCAUUGCAAAGGAUGGUGGUGGUAAUGUGAAUGGCAAGGAGCAGUUUAUGUCAUCCUCUGCUACUCUGACGAUCAACGUGAUUGAUGCACAAGACACGCCGCCAGUUUUUAUAGGGACACCUUAUUUUGGCUAUGUUUAUGAAAUCUCAGUGCCAGGAUCUGAAAUAUUCACUGUUGUUGCCAAAGAUGGCGAUGUGGGAAGCCCAAAUCCAAUCCAGUAUUCUUUUGACAAUGGUGACGAUGGUGUUUUUAGCAUCAAUAAAACAAGCGGUUGCAUCACCCUGCUUACUCACCCCAUGUAUCUGAAGAGAGAGAUCUUUAACAUUAAAGUCAAGGCAACAGAAGUAAGUCCUGAAGGCAGGCUGUUGGACAGUGGGGUGACCACGGUGGUGAUCCGUGUGGUGGACCUGAACAAUAAUCCGCCUACUUUCUACGGAGAGAGCGGCCCACAGAACAUGUUUCAGCUGACCAUGUAUGAGCAUCCCCCCGAAGGAGAGAUACUCCGAGGGCUGAAAAUCACUGUCAACGACUCCGAUCAGGGGGCGAAUGCUAAAUUCAAUCUUAGACUCAUUGGACCGGGACGGAUGCUGCGAGUCGUCCCUCAGACUGUCCUCAAUGAGGCCCAGGUCACAAUCUUAGUAGAAGACUCUGCUGCCAUGGACUUUGAGAAACACCAAUUUAUCACAUACAAGCUACUUGCAGUUGAGAUCGAUACGCCCGAGAGGUUCAGUGCCACAGCGGACAUUGUCAUACAUCUCUUGGACACGAACGACAACGCUCCCAAAUUCUCCUCCGAGUACUACAUCGCCAGAAUACCAGAAAACUCACCCGGUGGCUCCAAUGUGGUGUCAGUCACGGCUACAGACCCAGACUCAGGACCUUGGGGUGAUGUGAAGUACUCCAUCUAUGGAUCCGGGGCUGAAUUGUUCCUGAUCCAGCCUGCAUCUGGGAUCAUCUACACCCAGCCGUGGGCGACCCUGGACGCGGAGGUGAGGUCAAAGUAUAACUUCUACGUGAAGGCGGAGGACGCUGAGGGGAAGUACAGCCUGGCUGAGAUCUUUGUGACAGUGUUGGACCUGAAUGACCACCCACCUGCAUUCAAUGAAAACUUCCUUGAGAAGACCAUGGUGAUUGGAGCACCAGUAAGAAUAGAGGCAGUGGACCAAGAUGCAGAAAUCCCAAACAAUGUCAUCGAGUAUGCCAUCAUGAAGGCUGAGCCAGACAACAACAUCUUUGACAUUAACGUUGACACGGGGGAGAUCAUGCUGAAGUCCUACAUCAAGUCGAUGGCCAUCAUUCAUAACAUCACCAAGCAGAGCGACUGCACCUGGUCGCUAGUGGUGCAGGCCCGGGACCGCGGCCAGCCGUCCUUCAGCACAACUGCGGUCAUCAAGAUCGACAUCACUGAAGCUACCCAACUCAGUGGGGGGCCUUUGGGAUCAUUUUUGAUGCAGAGUAGAAACAAUCCAUUGCAAAUCGUAGGCCUGCUUGCUGGUGUUAUUAGUCUCAUGGUUGUAGUCACAGUCAUCAUCUCCACUGCAACAUUUAUGCGCAACAAAAAGUCCAACCGGAUUCUGCCUAACCGGCGUGUGAGGCGGAGGAAACAGGACCCUUGGAACCUCAGCAACCCUUUCAAGAAACCAGAAAACCCUGCAGAAAAAUUCAGAGUAGAAGAGGAAGAGCCGGAGCCGGAGCCGGAGCCGGAGGUCAUUGUUGAGAAUGUCAACUACAACAACAACAUCAGUAAUGUUGUGCGAUACUGGCCUUCGCCACCUCGUGCCCCAUGUCCUCCCCCUCCUCCUCCCCCAUACAUCCAAGGGGAGAGGCACUGGUCGAUACCCACAGUCUCAGCAACAGUGGCAAUCAAACCUAAAAAGAAGCCAGUGAUGAAAAGACAGGACACUGUGAACUUAGCGCUGGUUUCAGAGCUCAAGAUGAGAUUGGAACAGAAGAAGAUGCUGAAACAUUAAAAGUGCUUCACCCAACAGUCACACCUCAAGGUCCACUUACGACUGUCCUGGAGCUUUUAUGAUCCUCAUCAGCAGAUCAUAGUUGUCGUAGAAAAGUUUUCUUUAUGCAUUUUUUCACAGUGCUUUUAAGGUCUCCACAUGUUGCCGCGAAGACAAAAAGACAUCAAGUGGGAAGACUUGAUUCACGAAUGAUAAAGAUCACAUAUCAUAGAUCAUACAUAAGCUUCAGAAUAGCUGUAAAUGGACCUUGAUGUGAUGUUAUUAUUUGACAGAUUUUUCCAAGAUCAAGAAUGAACUUUGACCUUUGUGUGUGUGUGUGUGUGUGUGUGUGUGUGUGUGUGUGUGUGUGUGUGUGUGUGUGUGUGUGUGUGUGUGUGUGUGUGUGUGUGUGUGUGUGUUUUCAGAAAGAAAAAAAAAUACACAAGAACAGCUAAUUUCCUUGUGUAUCAAAAUGUCAUUUUACUUGAUGGAGAGAAAAAAUCCCUUCAUGUGUUUCAUAAUUCAGACCAUGUUUUACAAACGUUCAUUGUUCAUGUUUCUGUCAUUUUGAAAUAGAUACAUUCCACCUUUUGAUCUAUUUGUUGACACACUAGUGGCUUAAAGUUCCUCACCCCAGAUCCCAUGUCGGGAAUAAAGUCAACAAGCAAGACUGUUUAUUUGGGAUCCGACCAAGCUCCUUACAAGAGAUUUAAUGAUACUUGAACUGACUGAAGCGCUCAGCCUGAGGGAAGGGAACCAAAGUGAUCAUGUUAGAAGACCUUUAAUCCGCCUGUGCAGGUGUAAAGCACUGUUUAAAGCCCUUUCUUUUAGCUGUCACGACAUGUUUGAUUUAAAGGACUGUGUGUCUUUGUUUACUACUGAAUAUGUGGUGGUUUAACUAUUUCAACCGGUGUAUUUUUUGUCAAAAAAUGUUGCUUUUCAAAAACUGUCAGGAUUUUACAAAAAAUAAAAUAACGUCCUUUGUUUA